AUGUCGACGCCAACACCCGGCAAGCACCCUCUGUCGCAGCAGGGUAGGACGCCGUCACAAGCUCAGCAUGGCGCCGCAGCGACUCCCCCAGUCUCAACACCCUUCUCGGUAGCCCAGGCUGCCAUAUCUCCCCAUGGCCCACGGUCCUCGCCGCAGCAAGUUAAGAAAUCACCCGCUACCGCGACCGUAGGCGGCCAUCCGUCAAGCGCUGCUGUAAACUUCGACACGCCCUCUGUUGACGCCGCUCUAAACGCCCUGCACAUGGGCCCGGGCUUGGACUUGGGCAUCCGGGCGCUGGGGACUCUCGGUAGGGCCAGUGAAGACGAGAGGGCGAAGCGCCUGGACGAUGUUAUCAGCAUCCUCAGUCGGAGCAAGGGCUUGAUCAGCGAGGCCGGUUUGGAGAGACUGGCAAAGCGACUUGAACUCGAGUUUAUCUGGGAAAGGUCUAUGGACAACAGCAACAACAGAACCCUCAUUGUAGCGGGUUCGGCUCUCGAGCUUCUUAUCGAAUUCUCCAGCGAUAUCGUGCAAUCCGUCUCUCUAAACUUUCCGGACUCAGCCGAAAUCGUAAACAAGCACGCUAAAGCAGCCGCUGAGAUAUUGUUCAACGACCUCCGGCUAGGCGAACACCAAAGUCCUCUGACCAAAUCACUCGAGAGUUUCACGGCCAACUUCGAGCGACUCGCUGCGCUAGACAAGCUGAGCAUCAAUCCCGGACUUAACCUGUACGAGGCUGUAGCCGGCGUCUACGAGAGCUUGAAUCGCCUUUAUGCGUGGGAGCUCCAAAAGGCUCGCGAGGACCCUUCUCUGGCCGGGAUGGAUGAUGGGGAUCUCGAGAAUUUUGUCACCUGUCUGAAGAGCGGGAAGCCCUUAAUGAACGCCCGUGGCCGGGUGGGCAUGAGCUUCGAAUACUGGAAAGAGAAGAGACGCUACCCAGCACAGAGCACAGAUCCGGCUGGAGGCGAGCAGAUGAGGACUUGGAACAUGAUGAUCGACUGUGCACCUCUCGUUGAUGUCUCCGUUGGCCCGGUCCGCAUUUCGGACAAGUGGAUCGGCGCAGAUGUUGAGAAACCGGCUCUCCCCGACGAGCUGCGCACAGGUGACCCCAUCAUCGACUGGCUUGAGCCGGAGAGUACAUUCAUUCCUGCACCAGACCAGCCAAAGGUUGAUCCGAUGGAUUCCGGGGCACCACUCCUCGGACCCCGGCUCCCAGAGGUCGUAUUUCGCGCCACAUUCGAUCCUCCAGUCCCCCUUCCUAUAACCGUCUGGGAUCAGAUUCAGCAGUUAGGGUGCGGGCUAGGCGGUGCGUUCAACGGGAAUUCCUUCGACGGGCUUCUGGUGCCUCACCCGCCAGGCAAAUUCCAUGAUGCUACCGAACCGAGGGUUAUCAGGUGCACCAAGAAGACGGCAUUCGUCCCGAUUGGCGACACGAAAGUGUUGCUGAAGGACCAGACCAACACGCUCCAAGUCGACAAGGCCUCCUGGAGUAGGACUCUAGCUGAGGUGACCUUUUCGCACCCGCAGCAGCUGGUCGCCAUGCUGCCCUACCUGCGACAGUACGUAUUCCUUGCCACGGUGCUGGAGAACAGCUUCACGGACCGGUCGGAUCCGGGUGCCCAAAACGGCGGCGGUGGGAAGCAGCCGUCAUCAUCAUCAGUCCAAACGGCUAGUACGGAAACCACCCAGACGGCGUAUGAAGCCUUUAUGGGAGGCGGCGCUGCCACGGACAAGGAGCCGCCGCUGAAGCUCGACGUGACCUUGUCGGGCCUCGAAGUGCCCCGCCUGUCGGCGAGCUUCCCGUUUCGGGACCGUGUUGCCAAUAUUGUGGUGGAGAUCCGCGAGGGCGGCCGCGUCCAUGUGGAGGAUCAGAACGUGCUGGACGAGAGCAACCUGGUGGCGCCCAAGGGACGGCAGAGGCGGGUGGAGGACAUUGCCAUGGUCUUGGAGCACUUCGAGGACCUGGGCAAGAUGGCCGAGUUUAUUAGGACGAGAUGGGCGUGA